AUGUCCAACAACAAGCAACAAACACAGUCAUCGGAAGGGUCUUCCUUCAAUGAAGAAGAUAAUUACCUUGCGAGAAUACUCUUCAAAACUCUCUUUGCCUCUCUUUUUGAUUCCUUCGAUUGUAAUAAACAAAUUUUAGCAGCUGAAAAGGCGGCUGCUCAAGAUCCUUCCAACAAGCUCAAACACAACAUUCUCACUUCAUUAUAUAAUACUUGCAUGGGAAAUUUAGUAAAUAGAGAAUUCUAUGGCCCUCUGAAAACUUCAAAAUCAAUUCCGAAAUUUUACAAAGACUCCCCACAAACCAAUCAAAGUUUUGAUUUGGAUAUGCAACAACUCGACUUGAUAACAGAUGAAAUAUUAAAAACCAAUAAUGAAUCGGAAACAAAACAGAAAAUGAAUGAAUUAUUCGGUGGAGCUGACCCCAAUAAGUUAGAAGAGAGUUUGAAAGAAAAACCUUCACGUGCUGUGGGAUUCUUUCUGGCAAGAAAUCAUCAAGCAAUUUCAGUGAUGGGACAACGAAUUCAACAAUUAUUACAAAUUGAUCCUAAAACUUCACUUGAAAAAUGGUAUCAACUUUCUCAGUUCAGUCGGCAACAAUAUGGUUCAAAGCUUAGCUUUGAUAACAGCAAAGAUUCAAAGCCCAUUGUGCUAGAAAAGGAUUUGGCUCAAAAGUUGAACAACCUUAUUAGAAAGGAAUGUUUACCAGAAUAUCAAUUAGACAAAUGGAAUGAAGGGGAUGGUGCUGUGAAUGAGAUGUGCUUCAGUACUUGCGCUGCAUCUGUCAUGUGCUCCGAACAAAUUCAAAAAUGUUUUGACAAAUCUGAUGGUGUAGAGUUUUAUAAUUGCUUGGUCACAGAUCCUGAUUUAUUGGACUGCACCACAAAGGUAAUCAUGCCCAAUCUGGAGAUUCCAAAAAAGUAG